GUACAAUCAGUGUGUAUUUUACUACCUUGUUUUACCCGAUAAUGAAGAAGUGAAAUAGUGGACAUUUUGGUGCUGUAAAGGAAACGUCUUCUGCUGUUGAAAUACUGCAAAUUACCCAGGAUACAAAGACUUAAAUGGGGGGAGUUUCUGUGUUGACGUGCCGCGCAAUGGCCCCAUGGCGCCGCUGACGGCGCAGCUGUCAUAUUGCCCAAAAUUAAAGGCGACUGUAUUUCCUUUUGCUUUGGCGGUAGUAAUAGUAGUAGUAAGGACCGUAGUAGAAACACAACAUACCUAUGUCACGAUAAAGCAUGGACGGGUGGAGCCCAAUCGUUGCGACAGCCUCGGACAACGACCGCUCGAGCUCCGAGGGGGAGUACAUGGUGGAGCGGGGACCCGAGGACGAAACCCGGGAGGUGUUGGACCGAGAGCCGCGGUGUGACCUGGAGAGGAUGGACCCGGGGGGUACCGCCGCUGUGGGGUUCGGGAUAAGUGGGACUGGCGAGGGCAAGGUGGUGUUGGGUCGAGUCGACCAGAGAGACGACAAAGAAGUCCGGUACCUGCACUUGUUGUGGGAGCCGGGGCGAGGUGAGCUCGGUGGAGCCGGUGGGGUGGCGAGCAAGAUGGGGAAGGUGACGGGGACCAGGACCAGGAGGCACCACAGAGUCUUCCGGAACCUCGGUCCUAUGGGUAAAGACAUCUAUGCUGUGAAAAGACUGAGGGAAGCAGCAAACAGCAAUGACAUCGACACAGUUCGAAAGCUCCUGCAAGAUGACAUAGACCCCUGUGCAGCAGACGACAAGGGGAGGACAGCCCUCCAUUUCUCUUCCUGUAAUGGCAAUGAGAGCAUAGUGCAAUUGUUGCUGAGCCACGGCGCUGACCCCAACCAGCGAGACAGUCUGGGGAAUACCCCCCUCCAUCUGGCGGCCUGUACCAACCAUGUGCCUGUAAUCACCACUUUGCUGAGAGGAGGAGCCCGUGUGGACGCCCUCGACCGAGCCGGCAGGACUCCUCUGCAUCUAGCACGCUCCAAGCUGAAUAUUCUGCAGGAGGGAGAUUCACGCAGCCUAGAAACCCUGAGAGGGGAAGUCACACAGAUCAUUCAAAUGCUGAGGGAAUACCUGAACCUAAUGGGCCAGAGUGAAGCGAAAGAGAGGCUGGAGCACAUUUCGACCCAGCUGCAGCACACACGCACCAAAGAGCAGGUGGAUGAGGUGACCGAUCUAUUGGCCAGUUUUACAUCACUCAGUCUACAGAAACAGAAUCUGGGCGAUAGGUAGAAGAUAACGUGUGGAUGGAGAGCUGAAGUCCUGCUACUUUUCUCAAAAGAGCCCUCUGCCCCCCCUCGGCCAGACAAGCAAACGCUGAACCAUGUACCGUACCGCUGCUUGAUCUGGGAAAAAGUCAUAAUCACAAUUAUUUUGGUCGACAUUGAAAUCCCGAUUUUUUAUUUAACACGAUUACUACUUAGUUUCUUUUUCUCAUUCAGAACACCAGACAAAAUAAGAGUUUACUUGCAAAACGUGAUGUGCGAAAUAAUUGUUUUUCUCGAUUACAUUGUUUUUGUGAUUAAUUGCACAGCCCCAGAACCAUGAUGCGGAGGUUUUCUGUCCAUAUUCCAAACUAAAUAUUUAUCUACAGUACUACUCUACAGGACAGUAACAUUCGAACAGCUUGCCAUUUUAACCAAGGUAACACAAUAUUAUAUUUAGUUAGUCUUUACAGCUAUGAGUGUUUUUUAUAGUAUGCUUUUGGCCAAGACACAUAUGUAAACAAUGCAGACAAAAUAUAUUUAUCUUGGUUAAAAUUAAAAGAUGUAAUGGCCACUAGUGCAGUGUAGUAGAUAUCUAUUUAGCAUAUGGACAGAAAAGAAUAUUACAUGUUUUUUUUAUA